ACAAUUCAACAUACCGACCCGAUCGACGACGGCGGCGACGACGACGACGACGGCAUCAUGGACGGCGACGACCGGGCCCCCACGCCUGAUGCGGCUGCACGCGAGCGACUGCCGAAUCUCUUCGAGGUGUUGUCGCGGAGAACACUGGCGCCGGUCGACUUGUUCUCCUUCUACAUCUACAUGCGCGAUGUGCAGCGAUCGGUGGACUAUCUCGAUUUCUGGCUUGAUGUCUCACAACACAUGUCGCUAUGUCGGCACUACGUCCGCGAACUGAGGAGAUCCGUUCUCGUGUCGACGCCCGAGCUCGACAAGGGCAGUAAGAGGUCGUCGCAGAUCCUGGACAGCAAUGGCAACAACAUGGAGCGCACCUCCUCCGCCGAACAGGGCCCCAGCGGCGUCUACCACGACAAAUCUGGAGACCGUCAGACCCCCGAUCAGCGACUUAGUGCAUUCCUGCGGAACGAUAACGGCACUGGACACAGCCCGCAAGACAGCGCAGGCAGCCACCCCAACUCCGAAUCCGCUCUCGAACAACCCCGACCGAGCUUUAUGGCAGGCCACGACGGUUCCCCAUCCUCAGGAAACAAUGGCAGCCCACAGCAUACCGUCGCGCGUGCAGACAUCAGAGCCUCCGCAGAGAAGAUUCUUUACACCUUCUUGCUCCCCGGUGCCGAGCGCGAAAUUAUUCUUCCACAGGGCAUUUUGAACGAGAUCACCCACGCCAUUGAAAGUGAAGGGCGAGAUGACCCCGAGGUUUUCGAUGCGGCCAAGGACUACGUCUUCCAGGCCAUGGAGCGCGAUGCUUUCCCAGGCUUUCUUAGAGCGAAAGCUCUCGGCAACAUCGUACAGCCCUCCAUGAUGCUCCGGCUCAUCUGCGGCCUCGUCGCACUCUUCGGCGCACUAUGGACAGCAUUCGUGCUUAUCUUCCUUAACAAAAGUCGAGCCACCCGAUGCUGGCUUAUACUACCAUUCACAGUCGGCAUAUAUCUCCUUGCUACGCAUCAAUAUAUGCUGGAUCCCAUAAUGGCACUUCUCGGCUUCAGUGAAUACACUUUCUUUAGUUUCGCAAGGAUCAAGGAGCCGUUUGUCAAAAAGCUAUUACAUCAAAGAGCACUGAUGUGCCUGCUAUGGAUAUCUCUCAUCGACGUAGCGUUGCUAUGUCUGUUUAUUUUUGUACCUGGGAAACGACUUUGAUCAAGGAGCGAACCCAGAGUCGGAGGAGCGUCGGCGUUUGGGCGAAGCUGCAUUUGAAAUGACACAGCCGACAGGAUCAUGGCUGGUAGUAGGCACUGCAGUACGCUGCUGUCAAGUCGUUAGUCCACAAACCAACAUCAUUUUUCUUUCUG